CACCCCUAUUACCCAAAUUCAAUGUAGAAAUCUUACUCCCGGUGCUGGUGGACCUUGCGCUUGUCCACGUUUGGAAACUUGCAGUCGUAAUGUGACCAAUAUUUGUAUACGAUCAGAGGGCGGAUGCAUGCUAUUAAGCAGUGAAUGCGAUUUGGAACAGGCUCGUUGUGAGGGCAGAAGUAAGUAUUUGUUUAUACAUAUUAUCUUAUAUUAAUUAAGUUUUUCUUAAGAUAUUACGAUUGUUGAUGCUAUCCAAUGUGCUAACUUUACUGCAAAUCAAUUGAGAAAUUGCUCCUGCCCUAAUAUGGGCAUUUGCUCUGCCAGCUCCCCUAAUUUGUGUGUUGCCUUGUCUUCUACGCAAUGUAGACUCAUGCCAAAUCGCUGUGAAUUGGAAAAGGCCAGAUGUCAAGGAGAAGCUCUAACCAUCGCCAGUCCCCUGCAAUGUCGGGGCUUACGACUAAACAUCACAAGCAACUGUUUCUGUCCUCGUCUUACAAGCUGUUCCAGAAACACUACCAAUAUUUGUGUACGCGAGAACAAUAAUGCAUGUACUCUAAUGAGAAACGAGUGUGAAUUAGAACAAGCGAUAUGUGAAGGCAGAGACAUAACAAGAGUGGACAAUAUACACUGUAGAAAUUUUACGUCCAACGCCAGAGGUACAUGCUACUGUCCCAAUUUGGCAACAUGUAAUCGUAAUUCGCCAAGUAUUUGUGUCAUAAACUCAACACAAUGUCUGCUGGUAAGAAACGAAUGUGAAUUGGAACAAGCUAAAUGUGAAGGAAAUAAUCUCAUUACAACACACGCGACUCAGUGUUUAAAUUUCCGAAUAAAUCAACAAAGCAACUGCAGCUGUCCCAAUUUAAUAACGUGUUCUCAAAACUCCAGUAGAAUAUGUGUAAGAACACGUGCUGGUUGUAAACUUUUAACAACACAAUGUGAAUUGGAAGAAGCCAGAUGUAGAGGAGAAGUUUUAAGAACUAUGGAUUCCAUUUACUGCCAGGGUUUUCGAAAUCAUGAAGAACGGGAAUGUUUCUGUUCUAAUUUAGAAACCUGCUCACGCAAUACCACUAAUAUUUGUGUAAGAAAUUCCCCUAUGAAUUGUACUUUAUUAAGGAAUGCUUGUGAUUUGGAAGAGGCUAGAUGUCGGGGGCAAGCUCUUACAAUUGUAUCCAAUUUGCAAUGCCGAAACUUUAGCUCUAAUAUUUCUCGCAGAUGUUUGUGUCCCAAUUUGUUUAAUUGUUCCACAAAUGCCACCAGUACUUGUGUAAAACUUAGAAUAGGCUGUAAAUUGCUAAGAAAUCAAUGUGAACUGGAAAACGAAAGAUGUCUAGGACCUGUCCAAGUUAUGUCACCUUUACACUGUUUGGGUUUUACAAUUGGCCAAACACGCCAGUGUAGUUGUCCUCAAUUGAAAACCUGUUCUCGUUCUGAUGCCAAUAUUUGUGUAAAAACUAGCUCAGGUUGUAGAAUAAUGAGAAAUGAAUGUGAAUUGGAACAGUUGAGAUGUAGGGGUCAAGAUCUCACAGUUUUACCAGCUAUACAGUGCAAACGUUUGCAGGUGGGCUCUGAGGGUCCCUGUGCUUGUAAUAACUGGUUAAAUUGUGAACGAAAUUCAAGUAGUGUUUGCAUAAAUACGCUCCAAGGUUGUAGAUUGCUGCAAAAUCAAUGUGAUUUGGAAGAGAGAAGAUGUCGUGGUGAAGCAUUCAAUGUCACUAAUACAUUGCAGUGCCAAGGUUUCUUACCGGGUCAAUUAAGAAAUUGUGCUUGUCCCGAUCUGAAAACAUGUUCGCGCAAUAACUCCACCAUGACAUGUGUUCGAAAUCUGAGUAACUGCAAACUUAUGGCAAAUUCUUGUGAUUUGGAAAUGGCAAAAUGUAGGGGAGAGAGAUGGUGUGCAGCAGAUUUAGAAGAAUGUAAAAAUUUUACUAUAGGACAACAAGCUACAUGUAGCUGUCCUCGUUUGCAGACCUGCUCACGUAGUAACACAACCAAUGUUUGCGUAAACUUAAGAGGAGCCUGCAGGCUAAUGAGAAAUCAGUGUGAAUUGGAAAAGGCCAGAUGUAAGGGGCAAGCCUGGAGACCUACCGACUCUAUACAGUGUCAAAAUUAUAGACCCAAUGAAUGGCGCUGGUGUGCCUGUCCACGUUUGCUUAAUUGUUGCAAUCGGUUGCUACCGUUUUGUGUCAGAGGACCUAAUGGCUGUAAAAUGAUGAGCACAGAUUGUGAGUUGCAAAUGGCUAGAUGUAGGGGAGAAGUUUGGUCUAGAACCGAUGAUCUACAGUGCAGAGGUUUAGAAUUGGGCCAGCUUGCUCAAACAUGUCGUUGUCCCAAAUUGGAAACUUGCCAACAAGCGUCUAUAACAAACACAUCCACUCAAGUUUGUGUGAGAAACAUUAAGGGUUGUAAACUUUUACGCAACGAUUGUGAAUUGGAACGUUCUCUUUGUAGUGGAGAAGUGUGGACCCCAGUGGAUAAUUUGCAAUGCCUUAACUUCACGCUACACUCUACAAGAUCUUGCCGCUGUCCUGCUUUAGAUACUUGCUCCAAUACAACGAGGGUGUGUGCUAAAACGUUACGGAAUCAAUGCUAUAAUUUCAGAUCAGAGUGUGAUUUAAGGUGGGCUGAGUGUGAGGGAAAACAAUUCUCCCUAACUGUGCCGCAAAGAUGUCACGGCAUACGGGUAGACGAUUACGAAGAAUGCAAAUGUCCUGAGAGUCGUAACUGUAAUCGUAGACUACGAGUGUGUGCACGCCGGGGUACACAAUGUCGACUUUUCAGGAGUGAUUGUGAUUUUAGAACAUCUUCAUGUCGAGAUGAAACUUGGCGUCGUACCUCCCUAGGAAAUUGCUGUGAUUUUCAAGUGAAUGAUGUUAAAAAUUGUACUACAGCCUUGAAUCCAGUUGUUUGUGGUGAAGCCUCACAUAAUAGAUGUCGUCUAUUUGCAUCAAGAUGUGAUUUUAACAGAGAAAAUUCUAAAAGUAAUAAUGAAUGGUCUUCAGUUGAACGUUCCAAUUGCAAGUGCCUACGUAGUGGUCGCACUGGUAGGUGUACUAGACGCUUUGUCUGUAAACCACCCACACCUCGUACACGUAGAGUUUGUGGUCGUCAUGGCUUAACUCACCAGAUGUUUGAAUCUCAAUGUCAUCUCAGGUUACACAAUUAUCAAAGAUGUACCAAUUUUAGACCGGUUCGAGCCAGACUAUGUCGCAGAAAUGAUGAUUGAUUUUGUUAUUGUUAAUAAAAUAAGA